GGGGGAUCCCUUCAACAUGAAUAUGGAAGUCUAACGUGCAAGCUGUAACGGCCAUCGAUUCACAUUACAUGGUUCGGGUGCGGGCUGUGGUGAUGACCCGAGACGACUCGAGCGGAGGUUGGGUGCCCAUGGGCGGCGGCGGCCUGAGCCACGUGAUGAUCUGUAAAGUCCGACGCCCAGAGGAAGGCCGGCGGAGCCAGUACCUGAUCAGCGGGGAGCGCCUGCGAGACCAGACGACCAUCUUGGAGUGCACCCUGAAAAGAGACCUUGUCUACAACAAGGUGAACCCCAUUUUCCACCACUGGAAAGUGGGGGACAACAAGUUUGGCCUCACUUUCCAGAGCCCUGCGGAUGCCGUGGCCUUCGAGAAGGGGGUGCAAGCAGCCCUGGAGGAGAUCACUGAAGGUUCGCUCUCGCCUUCCUCCAUCUCCUCCUCCUCCUCCUCUCAGGAUGAAGCUGAUAGGAGGGAUGAAGCUCUUGUAGUGCACACGGACAGCGAGUCCUCAUCAAACAGCCGGAAGGAAAUGCUCCCCAAACCCAUCACCAUCGUCACCAGUGAGUCCUCCAGCUGCUACAUCCGUUUACCUGCUUCUGAAGAGUUCUCCUAUAGCACGGCGCAGGGGGCAGUGUCAACUGGACCGGUCCAACCCCAGCCUUUGCAGCAGCUGACCCUCCCGGAAGAAGAGGACCUGGAGAGCAUCACCCCUUGCAGGGAGCUCUGGGUCACCAAGGGCUAUGAGGACUACCGCCGGGCCGUGGUUCAGAAGCGCCAGCCUGACCCCGACAAGAUUGACAUGUGCGUGCACUUUGAGAAGGGCGGCGGCAGCAAGUCCCCGCGAGAGAAGGAGUACUGCUUUCCGCCCGGGGCCGAAGGGCGGCUGAAGGACCCCAAGGCCUCUCCCUCCUGCCAUAUCCACGGUGCCCCCUCGCCCCCCAAACACAAACCCCUGAAAGAGCAGCAGCAGCAGCAGCCCCCGCCCGGGGGCGUGGAGGAGGACACGGUGCCCUCCCGCUGCGUCUACUGCCGGGACGUCUUUAACCACGAGGAGAACGGGCGCGGGCAGUGCCAGGACGCCCCCGACCCCAUCGGCCGCUGCAUCUACCAGUUCACCUGCAUGUGGUGCGCCGAGAGCAUGCUCUACCACUGUAUGUCGGACUCCGAAGGAGAGUACUCGGACCCUUGCUCCUGCGACACGGGCCACCCGCACUUCUGCAUCCGUUGGAUGGCCUUGGUCAUGCUUUCUCUCGUGGUCCCUUGCAUGUGCUGCUACCUGCCCCUCCACGCCUGCCACUGGUGCGGGGAGCACUGCGGCUGCUGUGGCGGCAAGCACAAGGCUGUGCGGUGA